CAACCUUCCCAAGGUACCAGUAUAGAUGCUCCAGCUCCACCACAUAGCAGGACUCAAGGAAAACGGAGUAGAACUGACUAUGAAAAUAAUAGUGGCUCAAAAGGGGCUACUGGUCAGGCUGAGGUUCUAGAAAACUUAUCAAGUGGCAUUGGUAAAAUUGUCACAAGUUUUGAUAAAAUUUGUGGCUUAAUGGAGAAGAGAGAAUCAAGAGAGAGUGACCUUUUGGAUGCUAUGAAGGAGACUCCAGGAUUAACUGAUGAAGCUUGCUUUAUGGCUCUUGAUUUGCUUAAUACUAAAGCAAAGCAAGAUUUCUUCUUGAAGAUGACUCCUGAACAGCGACUUAAUUGGAUCACCUAUAAACAAAUGCAAUAGGUUUGGGUGAAUCUCCACUAGCGACACCUAAUAAGCAAUAGGCUAUAUUCUGUUAUUAAUUUUAAGUUAUGGAGUUUGAUUUUAUUUUGUUUCAAUUGCAGCUUGUUUUGAAUGAUUUUAAACUUGUGUGUGAUGGAUUACAACUUAUUUUUUUUGUUUGAAUAUUUAUGAUAUUUGAUUUGCUUUUGAAUGAAUGUUAAUAUGAAUAGUGACAUUUUUAUGUUUAGGUGCUUUCUCUAUUAGCAAUGUCUGAAAUGGACAUGUAUGGAGCUGAUGAAGAGGAAGAACAGUUUUACGAGGCUGUUAAGAUAUUAUUAAUGGCAAUACAAGCAGUGGUUUAUGUGUUAUACGACCUUGUAUUCAGCAUACGUGGUGAACGUAUUAGAUGUCCACUGACUCGGCGACCAGUGACAUCAAGUGGAUACAUAUAUAUGCACAAAAUAUUAGACAGAGACCCUCAAAUCUUUAGAGAGGUGUAUAGAAUGUAUCCUGACGUUUUUCGAAAAUUAUGUAGCAUCCUAAAAGUGAAAACACCUUUGCGAGAUACAAGACACAUUUGUGUUGAAGAAAUGCUCGCAACCUUUCUACUUGUUGUCGGCCACAACAAUCGAUACAGUGAAGCUCGGCUGAUAUUUGAGCGAUCUCAUUUCACUGUUAGCAAAAGUUUCAACAAAGUCUUGAAGGCCUUGAAUACAAUAGCACCAGAGUUUAUGGCUAAACCUGAGUCCGUGCCACCUAACAUAAGAGAAAGUACAAGGUUUUAUCCUUACUUUAAGGAUUGCGUCGGAGCUAUAGAUGGCACACAUAUUCCAGCAACGGUAGUUGGACGUGAGGUUAGCAGAUAUCGAAAUCGACAUGGGAAGAUAUCACAAAAUGUAUUAGCAGCUUGUAACUUUGAUUUACAGUUCACAUAUGUAAUUAGUGGAUGGGAGGGUUCCGCUCAUGAUUCAAAAGUAUUGAAUGAUGCGAUUUCUAGACGAAAUGGACUCAAAGUGCCACCAGGUAAAUAUUACUUAGGGGACUGCGGAUUUCCAAAUCGACGCCGGUUUUUAGCUCCAUUUCGAGGUACUCGAUAUCAUCUCAAAGAUUUUGGUGGUGAAGGAAACCAUCCUGUCAAUGCAAUUGAGUUAUUCAAUCUUCGUCAUGCUUCCUUGAGGAAUGUAAUUGAGAGAAUAUUUGGAAUAUUUAAGUCGCGUUUCACAAUCUUCAAAUCAGCACCACCAUUUUCAUAUAAGACAUAAGCAGAGCUAGUUUUGGCUUGUGCAGGACUGCACAAUUUUCUUCGACAGGAAUGCCGUUCAGAUGAAUUUCCUCCCGAACCAGAAGAAGAUCCGAUAGACAAUCACGAAGAUAAUUUUGAAUGGGAUGAUUUUCAAACCCAAGAUCAGCAGAGAGAAAAUGCUAAUGAAUGGAGAAUGAGUAUUGCUACUCAUAUGUGGACAGAUGCCCAACCAAAUGCCAACAAUGAAAACAAUAACAAUGAAGAAAGUGAAAAUGAAGGAGAAGAAUAAAUCAUAUCAUUGUUUCAGAGACGUCUGCUUCUUUAGCAUGAAAC